GUCGAGUGCACGUCGGCAUCCGAGGUCUGAUGCGUCCAUGCUCGCGCUUCAACAGCCAGUGCUCUGUCCUAUACUGUGAUGGAUCCUGCGGCGUGCUUGGGUGCGCCGCCGUGGCGCCUCAUCUUCCGAAUGCGACAACGUUGUCUCCUCUUCUCUCGAGACCCACUCCCGUGGCCUUGGUUAAGCGCUAAGCGCUUGCUGGCGGUAUAGAGCGGCUCAGAUGGGCCUGAGCAUUGUGUCCCCCCUCGUUGCUCUCCACCACCUACCCUCUAGUGACUUCCCCCCGUCCUGGUCCAGUUCGCCAUGCUCCUCUACAUUGUUUUGUUGUGCACAGUAUGGCUUACGUGGAAACUCGUCCGCCACGCUUCUGCGCCAAAGUCCCAAAUCAAUAAUCUUCCUGGUCCCGCUUCGCCGUCGUGGGCCACAGGCCAUCUUCUGAAGCUGUACGACAGGCAGGGAUGGGAUUUCUAUCGCGAGCUCCUGAAUUACGGCCCUGUCUUCAAGCUGCAGGGCAUAAUUGGUCGACCGAUAUUGUGUGUGUACGACUCCGUGGUCAUGCAUCACAUCGCCGUCAAGAACCAGCACAUCUACGAAGAGUUACGGUGGUUGACAGCCAUGUCAAUUGAUAUCUUUGGUCCCGGGAUUAUAGCUAGUGUCGGGGAGGAGCACCGCAACCAAAGAAGGCUUAUGAACCCUAUAUUCUCCGCCAAGAACCUCCAACAGGUCACACCAGUAUUGUACGAGGUUGUUCAACGGCUCACCCACGGCUUUCAAACGCUGGUCAAGGACGGCACUACCGAGGUGGACGUGGGCCGCUAUAUGGGCCGUGCAGCUCUGGAGAUGAUCGGUCAGGCUGUCAUCGGCCACUCGUUCGAUCCGCUCACGGAAUCCCGCUCUCAUCCGUAUGCAGAAGCAUUGAAGGGACUCGUUCCCGCUAUCUACGCCCUGAGCAACUACUUUCACAUCUACGUACCCCUACGAUCUCUUAUCCCCCCAUCACUUCGGCGCCCGCUCAUGAACAUGCUUCCCUCUCGGCGCGUUAAAUGCAUGUUACGGAUAGUGGACGUCAUCAGCACCAACGCAGUCAAGAUCUACGCGGAAAAGAAGCGCGAAGUAGAGUCAGCCGACCAGCUGGGUGAGAGCGGCACAGCUCCUGGUAGCGCGAAGGAUUUGAUGUCUAUGUUGCUGAACGCAAACGCUGGGGCGAGCGAAGGAGACACGCUGUCUGAAGACGAGCUUAUUGCUCAGCUGUCGAUCCUCCUUUUUGCCGCGACGGACACGACGUCUAACGCACUUGCGCGCGCCCUUGACUGCCUUGUCAAGCGACCCGAUGCACAGGUCAAACUACGGGAGGAGAUCACGACAGCAAAACAUGCGCGCAGCGGCGGUGACCUCACAUAUGACGAACUUCUGGCUCUCCCAUACCUCGACGCGGUGUACAAAGAGACGCUCCGCGUCUACCCGCCCGCGCCCUUUCGGUUCCGCGAGGCAUGCGCAGACAGCAUCGUCUCGCUCUCCAAACCUGUGCGCGGAGCCGACGGCACACUCAUGCACUCCAUCUUCGUCCCCGAGGGCACACUCGUUUUCAUGCCGGCUCACGCCGCGAACACCAACCCAGCGCUCUGGGGCCCGGACGGAGGAGAAUGGCGGCCGGAGCGCUGGCUUGCACCGUUGCCCGACGCGCUCACGGAGGCGAAGAUGCCUGGGGUGUACUCACAUCUCAUGACAUUCUGGGCUGGCGGACGCGCGUGCAUCGGGUUCAAGCUCGCAGAGCUCGAGAUGAAGAUUGUGCUCGCUGAGCUUCUCAGCGCGUUCACGUUCGAGGACGCGGGGAAACCGGUGGUGUGGAACAUGAGCGAAGUGGUCUAUCCUACCGUCGGGCAGGACUCCUCGACCCCCGCGUUCCCGAUGAAGGUGACUGCGCUUUGAGUCCGGGUCUGCGUAUCGCACAUACUGCGACUCAGGAUACGGCAUGUCGGGAGAUCGGAGGCUUCAUCCCCUUCAGAUCAUCCCCUCGUUAUGUCAAUAAGGACUCUGCUCAAAGCUGGCCAAGACGUGUUAUCCC